UUUACUUUUACUUUCCAGAUAAGAAAAAUUAUCUAAACCUAAAUAAUUUUUAAAAAGAAUAUUAUGGCAACAAAACAAGCAUUACCAAAUCGGACAUACAUUCUUCAUCUUUAUCGUUCACUUCUUAGAGCGAGUCAAAAAUUUUCUAGUUAUAAUUUUAGAGAUUAUGCAUAUCGUAGAAUAAGAGAUUCUUAUCAUGUUAAUAAGAAUGAAACAGAUUCCGAUAAAAUUAUACAACUUGUAGGAAAAGCUGAACGUGAAUUAGGUGUAUUAAAACGCCAAGGUUAUUUGAAUAGUCUCUAUUCUGUUGACCGUUUAGUAGUAGAAGAGAAAAAUUAAAAUGGAGGAAUUUCAGGAUAUAAUUAAGUAGGGUAG